AUGCUGGUCAGCGUCGCUACACACCCGGCGCCGCGCGCGAAGCCGCUGUCUGUCAGCGUCCAUCGGGCCAAGCUGUCGGGCCCAGUCACUAUGUCUUUGCUCAAGUGGCGUCGUGGACAACAGCAUCAACAACAAACCCGUGGUUAUCGCUUUGGAAUGUGGUCUUCCCACCUAGAACCCGAGUUCCAUCGAGACCUUCGACGCCAUCACCGAGUUCUGAAGUACAAGUAUACCAAAUCCUUGAACCGGCGACUUUCUUGGGAACAUCCUUUGGCCCAAGAUUCACAGGCUAUAUGGCGGCGUGUAGUUGGUCGUUACUGGUCUCCUGCCGGCUCCCAGUUCGGCAGCCGAUUUGUCAACACUGGCGAGACUGCGCGGAAUGCCCACAGACAAACACACAAGGAAGAAAAGCCGGGCUAUACCAGCGUCUAUAACGCCGCAACUUCGGCCCUCGAAGGCGGAUUCGAUGCAUGGAAAACAGAACUUAACGCCAUGGUGAACUCUUGGACAAAGCAGGCAAUCAACGGCGCGAAACGACCGAAGUCGACCGUAUCUAACAAGGUGACGAGCCAGAAGAGAACCUCGGCUUCAAACACGCCCACUGGGGAAGAAUACGUGAUUGACCCAAUCACCAACCGCAAGGUUCUCAAAAGGACAUAUGGUUCAGUCGAGACGGAUCCACAUCAGUCCGUCAAGUCAUUCAAAUCCUAUAGAUCGCAAUUCGUCAACUUUGCCCCGCCGGCGGAUGUGGGUCAGGAUCAGAGACAACCCGUUCACUCCAACGGCCCUCCGCCAAAGGAAGAGCUUAGCAAAUACAAGGAGGUCGCGACUGAUGAGGCAUUGGCACAUGAGGACACAUCUACACUGCAGAGCCAAGAAUAUUCUCUGAACCAUCUCCCCCCAGAAGAGGCUUCGGAGAUACGUAACGAUCUGGAGAACUACAGCCCAUCUCAGUACGACGAAGUGAGGACAGCAGAAGAGCCAGACCAAAAGUACGAUGAUCUCGAUAAGUACCAAUCUCAUAACUACAAUGAACCGGCUUCGGUUCAAACGGACACGACUCCAGCCUAUGAGGACUUGCACCAGUACAAGCCUUAUAUGCACGCCGAAAACGCGCCUGUUGAGCAAGUGGACCCUCCAUACAAGGACUUAGAGAAGUACGCUACAUUCGUACCGGAAGAGGAUGUGCAAGCCAAGCAGUCCUCACCGGAGUACGAAGACCUUGACAAAUACAAACCAAGCCACUUCGAUGGUGUGCAAACUCAGGAGCCCACGUCAAAGUACGAUGACCUGGAGAAAUAUAAACCGUAUCACUACCAGGAAGGCGUCGCUGCUUCGGAAUCAAACCCUAAGUAUGAAGACCUCGACAAUUAUAAGCCUACUGAAUUCAGCGACGCUUCACACGAGCAGGAGGAAAAGCCGUUCCAAGAAUAUGGGGAUCUCGAGCAAUACAAAGCUUACAGGUUCCAGGAGCCACAGGGUAAGGCAGCUCUCGGGCGAGAUGUUGUGAACGAAUCUCUGAAAGAAUUCGACUUGAAAGCCCAGGAGCGCGAAACUCUCGAGAAGUCCAUGGCAGAUCACAUUACAGCGUCAAAUGCGGCAGAUAGAGAAGCCGUGGCCAAUGUUCAAGCGUCUCGGCAGAAGACAGGAGACGAGAAAUCACGAAUGACAGGAAACUUUAUUCGUGACUUUCCGGAAGACUUCUCUCAAAGCUGGAACUCGCACUCUACGGGGCUUCAACCGGAGCAGGGCGCAACUGCGUCCUAUGAGCAACACUUGCAGCGUACAGUCCAGAGCCAAGAGAAGGAUGUUUCCGAUGGUCUCUCCCGGGCUGCUAACACGCCGGCACUGGAGCCGGCUUUGGAUCGCCACGUUAACUCCAAGGUAGAUUCCCGGACCAGAAGGUCGCAAAGCCGUCAAUCCAAGAACCAAACAGCCGCUGACCCCUACUCAAGGCAACCCCAAGGCCUGGAAACCAGCUACGCUGAAGAGUGUGGACCAGAAUCCACAAGACCAGCGUAUGUUAAGACCUAUGGAACCCCGGAAGAUAACACCGCUAAGGACAACCGGGCUGAACAGGCCACGGCCAUCCCGCUAGAGCAGCUAGUUGAUGACAUACCGCCAGCAGUGGCCCAUGAGGCAGUCUCGAACUCGCAGCCCACGGUCUACAAGAUUCUAGCCUACGACUCGACGAUGCAGAACGUCAGCAUCGCCGAGACCACAUCGGUCGUUCCUGACCAGGCCGCGCCUUUAACGCCUGCCGAAGUCCUUUUGCGUUUGUCCAACCCCUCCAAAUUCUUUCCUCAUUUUGCCCCUCUACAGGCCCAGGGCUUCGAGAUCGUGUCCGGGAGCGGUGACGUCCUCGUUUUCCGCAAGGUCCGGGACGCGCCCGCAGCCAGCAGCGGCGGCAGCCGCCCCCAUCCCGUCAACCCCAUCGACAUGAUGGGCAAGCCCGCCGCGCUCCCCAACGCCGCGGCCUUUGCCUCUCCGACGGGCUUCAUCAACUACGACCUCCCGCCAGUGGAAGAGCAAUCGCCUCCCUUCCGCUCCAACAUCGACGUCAGGCGUGAGGAGCCCGUCUUCAGCGGACCCAGGACAACCCCCCUGGAAGGUGCCCGGACGCGGAGGAAGAAGCGCAGUGUCACCAAGAGGGUCCUGAUCGGUGGUGCCUGGGUGGCGGGCGUCUCCUAUGCGCUGGGCGUCGUUGCCGAGUACUUUGUCACGGGCGGUGCAGAUGGCAGGGGUCCGACGGGUUUCUGA